AUGCUGGAUUUAGUGUCCGCACAUUUCUCGUGUGUGAUCUCGUCCUCUCAUUUGAACAUGGAGCAGUGUGAGGAAAGCUGCAAGCCUGGAGAGGAAGCAGACCCUGCUGUGGAUGAAGAACUCACCAAAGCCAUCCUGGCACGCCAGUUCCACCCUUCUGUCAUUGGCCCGGUGGCGUGGGAAGGUUACAUCUUCUCUGGUCUGGAGAUCCGAAUUAAAGAAUCCACAGACCUCUACGGAGCUGUACUCUGGCCCUCGGCUAUGGUGUUGUGUCACUUCCUGGAGACCAACCGUGACAAGUACAACCUGAUGGACAAGAAUGUGAUAGAACUUGGUGCAGGAACUGGUCUCGUCUCUAUCGUUUCUAGUCUUUUAGGUGCUAAGGUCACCUCCACAGACCUCCCAGAUGUGCUAGGGAACCUCCAGUACAAUGUCACAUGCAACACAAAAGGACGAUGCAAAUACACCCCUGUGGUUACAGAGCUGGUCUGGGGCCCAGAAGUGGAACAGAGGUUCCCACAAAGCACACACUAUUUCGACUACAUCCUGGCUGCAGACGUGGUGUACGCCCACUCCUACCUGGACCAGCUGUUGGACACAUUCAACCAUCUCUGCCAGGUGAAGACACAGAUCCUGUGGACCAUGCGUUUCCGCCUUGAGCCAGAGAACAGCUUUGUGGAUCGCUUCAGCAAGCACUUCCACUUGGAGGAACUGUAUGACCUCCCCAGUCUCAGCAUCAAACUGUACCGAGCCUGGAGGAGGGACAAGAGAACCAAGGAUCAAUAA